AUGUCGGUGUACGAGAAGACAUUUACGCUCAAGGAUGAGGACCACACGAUGGGUAACGCCGUGCGGUACAUGCUGAACAAGAACCCGCAGGUGUCGCUGGCGGGGUACAGCGUGCCGCACCCGAUGGAGAAAUCCGUGAAUGUGCGCGUGCAGACAACGGGGGAGGUGACCGCGACCGCGGCGAUGAGGGACGCGCUGCUGGAUAUCAUCUCCGUGUGUGACCAUGUACAUGAUACCUUCGACACGGCGGUGGCGGACUUCAAGGCGAAGCAACCGGCUCCCAUGGACGCUGACUCGAAGUGA